GUUUUUUCGACUGUAAAUUAGAAUACAGUCGUGAAAUCGAAGAUUUUUAUGAAAUUUAUUUGGCCGAGCGGUGUCAAAAAAUAUCAGUUAUGGAAGGUGCCGAUUUCUAUCCGUGGAUACGAGUGCGAGUCAUGGAAAAGGGAAAAUUUGAAUGUGGGCGAAGGACGAAGGCGAAAAUUCCAGGAAACCAACAAAAUGAUUUUAUCUAUAGGCAAGCCAGGGGUGAAAUUCCACAAGUACAGGGCAACUAUCUGCAGAAGUUGUUACAGUGUAAGGCGAGCUACCAUUUUACAGAGAACGAUAAGAAAACGUUACAUUCGCUGGAUAAUCGGCUCAAAGUUUUAUUAACAAAAGAGGAAUAUAGUCGAUUUUAUUCGGAAACGGAUAAUUUCGAAGAUGACACUCUCCGAGAUGACCAAUUCGCCAGUGUAAACGACAUCCAGAAGGUGGGGAAUUAUUUAAGAAUGUUUCGUGGAUCCUUAUAUAAAAGAUAUCCUUCUCUGUGGAGACGAUUGGUCACUGUGGAUGAAAGAAAGAAAAUUGCCUCUCUAGGUUUGGGUCCUCAUAGUCUUGCAACAAAUAUUACUUUACUAAAAGCUACAGAAGUUGAUGAAAUAUUUGAUGGUAAAGAUGAAAAAUAUAGAGCCGUUUCUAUCAAUACAGAACCUCCGUUGUCUAGAGAAACAAAAAACAAAAGAAGUACAUGGCUACCAACACUUCCAAAUAGUUCUCAUCACUUAGAUGCUGUUCCAUGUUCAACAGCAAUCAACAGAAAUAGAAUAAGCCACAAAAAAGUUCGAACAUUUCCCCUGUUGAAAGAAGAUAUUAAAGGUCAAGGCUUUGGUUCGAAAUGGUCGUUCCAACAUGACUUCAUGUCGUCACAACCAAGAUACGAUGACUUGGAUCCAUCAGUCACUCAUGAAAAUGCCAGUCAGUCAGAAGUUCUGGUUCCCAUACGGUUGGACAUGGAAAUUGAAGGUCACAAAUUGCGUGACACAUUUACUUGGAAUAAAAAUGAAUCUCUCAUCACACCGGAACAAUUUGCUGAAGUUCUGUGUGAUGAUUUGGAUCUUCCUCCCCUGUCAUUUGUUCCGGCAAUCUCACAGUCAAUAAGACAACAGAUAGAAGCAUUUCCCACCGAUAAUCUCUUAGAGGAUCAGGCAGACCAGAGAGUGAUUUUAAAAUUAAACAUUCAUGUGGGAAACAUUUCAUUGGUGGAUCAGUUUGAAUGGGACAUGUCUGAAAAAGAAAACAGUCCAGAAUUGUUUGCCAAUAAACUAUGCUCUGAACUGGGACUAGGAGGAGAGUUUGUGACGGCCAUUGCCUACAGCAUACGGGGACAGCUAUCGUGGCACCAGAGAACAUAUGCAUUUAGUGAGGCUCCGCUCCCGACCGUGGAAAUACCUUUUCGAAAUCAGGCAGAGGCCGAUCAGUGGUGUCCUUUCCUCGAGACUCUGACUGACGCAGAAAUGGAGAAAAAGAUAAGAGACCAAGACAGAAAUACAAGGAGAAUGCGUCGAUUGGCCAAUACUGCUCCCACAUGGUAAAAAAGUCUCUCCAAAGUUUUUUUUUUAACUGUAACAAGUUAUUACAUCUCUGUAUAUAUUUAUUAUGUAUUCUGUUAAUUAAAUAAUCAAAUUAUGCACAUUCUAAACUUGUGUUCUAUUUGUCAAUUAAUAAAUUUAGAUAAUCUAA